AUGAAUGGUUCCAACAAACAUUCGGUUAAAAGUCCAGCGUGGAAAAAUCCGCGUGAUGUUAUUAAGAAAGGAGUCCGCAAAAACAGACGAGGGUUAUCAGUCUCAUCAUCAUCAUCGUCAUCAUCACUAAAACAAUUAUGCAUUGAUAACGAGGCGGAUGAAGGAUUCGCAUUGCUUUCGACAAGGUUAUCGCAAGGAGCUGAUUCGAUGAUAAUAAAUCCAUUUCGACGAGCAUCUUGUAAAAGGUCGUUCAAGCGAAAUCCCCUUCCAAAUAAAAUCAAUGAGGACAACGUUGACUUUUCAUCGACAGUUGCUGAUCUUAUCGCGGACAGUAAUGCGUUGCAAGAAUUCCCAUCAAGCGUUUUCGACAAGAUGAAAAAAAUUUCCUUGCCUAAAGAAACAGAAGCUAAAAACAACACUACCUCUCUCAGCGCUACCACUACUUCCACCACGGGAUCACUUCCAGUUGAUUUCUCAAGCAUUGACGAAUUCAAUUGUUCAACGCCAAAAAAGAAAUCCUUAAGAAUAGAAGAAUCGAAAACAAAAGUGGAUUCACUUCCAGUUGAUCUUCGACUUGGUCUUAAGUUACGCUUAGAAUCAUCGAAGCGUUUCUUCUGGUUGGAAAAUUCAAGAGGGACCGCAGCUUAUGACGAUGCAAUUAAACUGUUUUGUUUGUUUCAAACUGGAACUAAUGAGAUAGCUUUGGAAACAACUGGAAGAUCGAUCAGCGAUUUAUCUAAAUUUCUAGCCUGCACUCUUUAUUGGCAGUUUCCGGAUUUAGCCUGGCAACCGUCAUUUCCACGCCUGGACAAUGAUUCUCGAUUGAUAGGUGUCAGAAAUCCUGCUGUGCCAAGUUUGCAUACACUUGGUGAUCCACUUGUUCAAGCACUAACGAUGCAAUGGUUUUUAUCUCUUGAACAACUCUACCACUCAUGGCGAUUCGGAAAGCGACAGUAUUUUUACGCCUGUUGUCCAACAUAUACAAUACUAUUUUGGAAAACUUCGAAAGGCAUUACUGAAGUAAAUGAGAAUUCAAGCAGGAACGGUGAAAAAUAUAAUUUCCAGGUUGUUAUAACACCUACAUCAUAUGGAUUUCGUCAACAGUUACGAGAAGACGGUAUAAAAUAUUCAAUGCCAUUUCGUCAUUCACGACGUUCAUCAUUCAAACAUUCAAUUCAAAACAGUAAUAGUUUGCUGCAAACCACGCAAAGUCAACCACCAUUGAUUUCUGAUAACAAGAAGGAACAGUCAUGGAUAUCAUCAGAUAGUUCAUUUUCUGGAAGGCGUGAUGAUUUUGUUUUGGUAUGCGAUUCGAAAGAAAAUCAAACAGGAAGUGAUGGAAGGGGAAAGAAUGAGAAAAAUGAAAUAGAAAACGAAAGUUCGGAUGACCAAAACAGCUCGAAUGACACAGACAAUGAUGAGUGGCUGAGAGAAAUAGGUAUAUCUCCUAGGAAAACCUUAAAGAUUACGCGAAAUAAAUCAGUAAUGUCAAGCCAUUCUCUAGACUAUGAAUGUUCAUUAUCCAUGGAUCCAGAUUUCGUGGAUGAAAAUAGGAAAAGUGCAAUUGUGCUAAACGACUUAGAUAGCAUUGCGGCUCUUUAUAACAUGAUGACUACAUCAAAUUUCGGACGUGUUGCGACUGGACCACAAGCCGGCUUUCCACCUACACUUUUGGCCAGACAACCGUUUCUAAAUGCAGUACUGAAGAAUUUGAAAUGUCAAUAUCGCGAGUUCACAAAGGAUGGUGCUGAUUUUUACGUCUGCGAGUGGGAAAAUGGUCCCAUUAUGCCUCACAUGCUUACAAUGUUGGAAAAUUUUCUUCGGCACAACUCAAAGUUGGAUCAGGAAGCCUCCAUCACAGGUCAAAUAAGUGGCCGUUUCAAAUGUCCAGGAAUGAAUGAUGCAGCCGGUCUUGGUGAAAUGGCGAAUUUCAGCAGUUUUGAAUUUCGUCUUGGUUCUUUCUUCAAAUCGUAG